AUGGCUACAUGCUCAAAUCAUGUGAACGACCUGCCUCACUCCUAUGCAAAUGGUGAUAAGCCUAAUCAAUCUUUUAUGGACAACGAACCUAGGAUUAAUAUGUGUUUUGAUUCAAUGGAAGAUGCAAAGAAAUUCUACACAAAUUACGCCAUUACAUGUGGUUUUGCUGUNAGGACAAGAUCAUCAAAGAAGGAUAANGACANUAAUGUGUACUAUUUGCGAUUAGUUUGUUCCAGAGAAGGAAAAUAUGUAUCUUCNAUAAAACCAGAGGUGAAAACACAUGCAAGUCAAACAAAUCAAUGUNCAGCUAGCAUAACCAUUGGAAGGAAGGACAANUAUUGGGUUAUAAAGAGCGUUGUUUUAGAUCACAGUCAUGACCUAUGCCCUAAUACAUCUAAGUUGAUUCCUGGGAAUAGAAAGUUGACCAUGCAAGCUAAACACACAUUGCAGGUCAAUGAUGAUGNGGGGGUUCGCAUUAAUAAGAGUUUCCUUAGCAUCGUCGGUGAUGUUGGUGGAUUUGAGAAUAUGGAAUUCGUGGAACGUGAUGCAAGGAAUUACAUUGUGCAACACAGGAGAUCUUUAUGUAAGGACGGUGAUGGUCAAGCACUUCUUAAACUUUUUUCAUCCAUGAAAGCAUUAAACAAUGACUUCUUCUACGACAUUGCAUUGGAUGAAAGGAAUAUAAUAUGUAGUGUUUUUUGGGCAGAUGCAAGAAGUAUAGCUGCAUGUGCAGAAUUUGGUGAUGUUGUGUCCUUCGACACCACUUACUUAACNAAUAAGUAUGACAUGCCCUUUGCGCCAUUUGUAGGCGUUAACCACCAUGGUCACUCAAUUUUACUUGGAUGUGGAUUGCUUUCUUCCGAAGACACUGCGUCCUUUGUGUGGUUGUUUGAAUCUUGGUUGAGAUGCAUGGGAAAUAAGGCNCCUGAUGGCAUUAUAACGGAUCAAUGCAGGGCAAUGGCCAAUGCCAUUGAAGAGGUUUUUCCAAAUACAAGACACAAAUGGUGUUUAUGGCACAUGAUGAAGAAGUUGCCCGAAAAAUUUCAAUCCUUCAAAAAUUACGUUUCAAUUAAAGCAGAUAUACAUGCGCUUAUCUAUGACUGUGGGUCGCCGACGGACUUUGAGAAUGGAUGGAAAGAACUUCUUAAAAAACAUGCAUUGGAGGGGAAUGAUUGGUUCAGUAAUCUUUAUGAGGAAAGAAGGAAAUGGGUUCCAUGUUGUUUAAGGAGUGAAUUUUGGGCAGGUAUGUCAACAACACAAAGAAGUGAGGGUAUGAAUGCCUUCUUUGAUGGAUUUAUAAAUUCAAGCACCACAUUACAUCAGUUUGUGGUUCAAUUUGACAAUGCACUUAGAGUUAAAGCACAAAAAGAAACGCAGGCUGACUUCUCCUCACUAAACACCAGAUUGGUUGUGGGUCCCAGUCACCAAUAG